CUCAAAUGAAAAUGUUCGAAAGCGACCGACUAUCUUUAGUAUUAAUAGGAGGAGGAGGAGGCGUUGUAUGCAAGGGAGGUAACUCUGAUUACUCAAUGGGUGUGCCGGGUGUCAGAACUAACUUUUAAACUUUAACCGACUUAUUUAUUAUUUUAUUGUUGUUAAUUUACUCCUCUUUCGGACCACAAAUAUAUAUUUAUGUACAUAUAUAUAUUCUAUCGGAACCAAAUACUUCAACAAAAAUAUAUACAAACUUUUUCUUUUAUUUCACAUUUUCUAUUAAAACUUUCUCGAGUGUGGAAAAAAAAACAAAACAAAAACAACAGGAAGGAAACUGUUGCGGAAAAUGACCGACUUAAGUUGCGGAUUUUUGUACGUUUCGCCUACGAUCAUGUAGAUUUGUACUUGUAAUCCUAACUGAAUUUAAGCAUGGAAUAAGGACUGGAAAGUGAAUAUCCAGCAUGGAGGAUCCACCAGAAUUACAAAUUAUUUUCAAAGCAGAUCCUUCAUUGGAAACUCAGUUCUUAAAAUCAACCAAAGUAGCCUCUGUGAAAAGGACCCAUGUCUGUGAUAUUUGUGAAAAGACAUUUUCCCAGAAGAAUACUCUAGUUUUGCACAUCAGGACACAUACUGGUGAUCGACCUUACCACUGUCAAGUAUGUGGUAGAGGUUUCUCAGCCAGCUGCUCUUUGAAAAAACAUGUAAGGAUUCACACAGGAGAAAAACCCUAUAAGUGCAAUGACUGUGGCAAAUGCUUUUCCCAGAAUAGUCACCUGAUCCUUCAUAUGAGGACACAUACAGGAGACAGGCCAUACCAGUGCAGCCUCUGUGAAAAACGGUUUUCCUACAGCAGUUCUUUCAAGAAACAUAUGAGAAUACACACUGGUGAGAAGCCUUUCCGGUGUGAAGUUUGUCAAAAGAGUCUCUCUGACAAUAGUGCCCUGAAACAGCAUAUCAAAACGCACACAGGUGAGAAACCAUACCAGUGUGAAGACUGUGGCAAGAGUUUCUCAUUGAGCAUUGACUUGAUCAGACACAUUCGCACCCACACCAAAGAAACUCCAUAUCAUUGUGAGGUGUGUGCUAGGAGUUUCUCUGUCAACAGCAAUCUCAGGCAACAUAUGCGAACACACACAGGAGAGACACCCUACCCCUGUGAUAUCUGUGGCAAGCGAUUUUCUCGAAACAGUACACUAGUCCGCCACAUCAAAACACAUACAGGUGACAGACCAUAUACUUGUGAAAUCUGCCAGAAGAAUUUCUCUCAGAAUAGCCAUCUUAUACGACACAUGAAAAUUCACAAGGUAAAACCUGUUGCAAUAGAUAAAACAAUCCACUUUCAGAACAAGAAAAUGGAGUCUUCCAUAUGUUGUAGAGCUAACUCCUCCACCCUGAUUGAAUGUGAUGGGGGUGAUGUUAAAAGAAUCCCUGCUACAGAAGCCAUGAGUGAUGAUGGUAAACCUUUAGCUUAUGAAAGUAAUGGGAAAAAUAACCAAAUUACCGACUCUGUGAAAACAAACGCGUCAAAUGCUAUCCACUGUUGCAAUGCUUGUGGUAAAUGCUUUGAGCAGAGAAGCUAUCUACUAAAACAUGUCAAAAUACAUACAGGAGAAUUGAUGAAUCAGUGUAGUGUGUGUCGAAUGGUUCUGUCAGAUAAGAGCAGUUUAAAGAGGCAUGUGAGGAUACAUACAGGAGAGAAACCUUAUACUUGUGAGAUCUGUGGAAUGAGUUUCUCUCGAAAUGGCACUCUGAAGAGUCACACACGGACACACACUAAAGAGACACCUUACUUCUGUAAGACUUGUGGGAAACGUUUUUCAGUCAAUAGCUCACUCAACAGGCAUAUGAAGACACAUUCUGAUAGCUUGCCUUACUGUUGUGAAGUGUGUGGUAUAUGUUUUGCUCAGAGCCGCUACCUGAAAAGACAUACUAAAAUACACACAGGUGAGACAGUUUAUAAUUGUGAGAUCUGUGGGAAGUCUUUCAGUCAAAAGUGUAAUCUUGAGACACAUAUGAGGAUACACAAUGAUGAAACACCAUUUCUCUGUGUAAUUUGUGGGAAAAGCUUUUCUCUGAAUAGUACCUUAAAACGACAUUUAAUAACACAUUCAAAUGAAACGCCUUACCAUUGUGAAAUCUGUUUUAAAAGCUUCUCUCAAAAACGCUACUUGAGACGACAUAGUCGUACCCACACAGGAGAAACACCCUACCGCUGUGAACUCUGCAAUAAAGGUUUCUCUCAGAAGAGUAACUUAGAAACACAUAUGAGGAUUCAUGAUGAUGAAACUCCUUACCAAUGCUUUAUUUGUGGCAGAAGCUUCUCUUUGAACAGUACCCUAAAACGACAUUUGUUUACACAUUCAGAAGAAACACCAUAUCAUUGUGAAUUCUGUGAUAAAAAAUUCUCUCAAAAUCGUUAUCUCAAAAAACAUCUUAAAACACAUUCAAAUAGUAAAGAAUACAUAAACAAUAAAGAAUAAGAAAAGGUUUGUCAAGUUCUUAAUGAUAACCAGGACAGAAAAUAUGAAGAGAAAAAGGUAGUUGAUGAACUGCUAUGUAAAAAAAAAAGUUCUAUCAGCAUGGAAAAAGUAAUAUGUAACAGGCUUUCAAUACAGUAAUGUUGUGAAGUGUUUCAA